AACACAUUCCUGAUUCCGCAAUGAAGAAUCUCCGGAGACUUCCUCACAUAUUUAACUACUUUCUGGAAUUGUCGUUCCGUUCUAAUGAAGAUGUGGCGGUGGAAGAGAAGGAAGGAUUCUUCCGUUUCAUGGCAAAAAUCAAACUAGAAGGAGCUGGGGAUGGACAAGUGAGAACACUGGAAGUAGAGAUUCAUCCUGCAGGGGUAAGGAAGAUCGUUGUGAGAAAGGGAAAUGCAGCCGGGGAAGAUGAGCAUGAAUUGAAUGUGGAUACAUAUUGGAGGUACAGAUUGACUGCUUCGACUAUGUCGGAGCUGGCCGCGGUGGUAUUUGUGGAUGGAGAGCUGAUAGUGAUGGUGCCCAAGUAUGACUAAGGUCGUAGAGAAUUUGAUAAUGGAUCUAGAGGUGUUUGGAGAGACGCUGAACUUGUUUUUGUACAAUAGUUAACAUUUUCACAUUUUAUGAAUCAAUUAAACAAACUACUAGUA